CAUUUCUCCAUUUGAGAGAAGGAUCUACAGCACAUUGCAGAGCAAAUCCUGCGAAGGGUUCAGCAAUUGGUGUGCUGUAACUUAGUCAACGUUAGCAGACCUCUUUCAGGAGACAAACUUAUCGUUAGUCGCCUCUCAAUUGUUCCUCGAGACGAGCAUCAACGCCUGUCAUCAUGGGGCAGCAGCAAUCCGUGCCGUCAGCGUCUCGUCCACCGUCCUUUGAAGAGGGAAACCCUCCAGACGAGGUGAAGAUUCGCAUGUAUGAGGAGAAGGUGCGGAAGGUCACUGGCGAUCCAUUCUGGACUUGGAACGCGAGACGGGAUGACAGAGCUCGUGUGAGGAAUGAGUGGGACAGAGCACAGUAUCAGGAGUUUCAGAGGGCCCGCGGAAGGUAUGGUUCGGAGAAGACUGGGAUGGGAGCAGGGCUUCCGUCUCACAUGCAGAGCGACGACAUCCCCAGAGAGCAACAAGAGGCCACCCAGAAGAUGGGAGAGCGCUUCAGGGAGAAGGUUGAGGAGUUCAAGGAGACUGCGCGUGACGCUGUUGUAAAGACGGGCCGUCAGUGGGAAGCAGAGAGCAAGGAAAUUGGCGAGGAUGCAAAGAGAGUCUUGAGGACAAAGACCACCCCUGAUGCUCAGAAGUAUGGAGCUGGAUCUGAUACACCUGCACUCCAGGGGUACCAGGACAGACACGAUGGUCGCCCCCCCAUUCCCACCGGUGCCAGGGCUGCCAGUGACAGGCUGCAGGAGUAUGUGGACCGCACAGCUCAGGAGGGUCAGAGGAAGGUGGAUGAAGGGAGGGAGGCCACACGUGAUGCCACGCGCAGGGCUGAGGAGAGCGGUAAGAGCUGGUUGGGCUGGACGAAGGAGAAGGUCGAGGAGGCGGACCGCUCCAUCGAGCACGGCCUCGAGACUGCCAAGGAGAAGACCAAGAGCGCGAUCGGGGAGGUGGCUCACAAAACCGAGGACGUCUACGACCGCGUGAUCGGCCGCGCCAAGGACAAAGCCGACGACGUCAGGGAUGACGUCAAUCGGGCCCGCAAUGACAUCAACAGGGGCCGGGAUGACGUCAGCGGGAAGGCGCGUGAGGCUACGGACGCGGCGGGGUCGUGGCUGGGGUGGGGCAAGGGCAAGGUGCGCGAAGGGGAGGAGCGGGUCAAGGAGGGUUACGAGGAGAUUAAGGAGGAUGCGCAGGGGACGCACGACCAAGUGAGGGACAAGGUUAGCGGCCGAGUUGACGCGGUUAAGAGAGACACUGAGGAGCCGAGAGAGAAGACCCGGGAGGCGGCCGACAAGACGAAGGAGGCGGCGAACUCGUGGCUGGGGUGGGGCAAGAACAAGGUGGAGGAAGGGGAGGACAAGGCGCGCGAGCAGUACGGCCGGGCCAAGGAUGACGUCAGCCGCGGCAUCGACGACGUCAGCAGACGUGCGGAGGACGCGAAGCGCUCGGUCGAGCGCGGGUGGCGCGAGACCAAGGAGGACGCGCGGGAGACGUACGAGUCGGCCAAAGAGCGGACGGAGCGGGCGUUCCGGGGCGCCGGGGACCGUGCCGAGGAAACCGCCGACCGCACCCGGGGGGCGGUGCGACGUGCCGGAGACAGUGCUGAGGAGACUGCCGAUCGCGCCAGGGGGGCGGUGCGCGGGGCGAGAGACGAGGGCCGGCGGGAGUACGCACAGGGGAAGGAGGAGGCGAAGGGGUGGUUCAACUGGUUGGGCGGGGAUAAGAAGGAAGAGAAACUGGACCCCGAGUCGAGGGCCAAGUUCGACGCGGCUGAUCGGGAUUUGAAGGAGGGGUACGAGCGUCUGAAGCGUGGAGUGAACGAGGAGGCGGAUGCGGUGGCUACGCGUGCAGGAGAGUAUGCGCGGGCGGCAAAGGAGGCCACCAGGAACGCCGGAGAGAGGGUGGGAGAGGGCAUCCAGCGUGGAAGCGACAAGGGCGCGGAGGCGAUUGCCAAGGGAGUGAAGAGGGCAGGCGACGCUGCGGAUCAGACAGAGAGGAAUUUCGAGCGGGCGGCAUCCGACAGGAAGGCAGGGGCCUGAAGGGCACGUGCCGACGCAGUACGAGAAGAAGCUGGAGGCGCUUCAACUGGAUAAGCAGCCCAACCCUGAGCAGGAGGGGAGAGAGGUCUCUGCAGUGGCGCUGGCGGCCCUGGGCAUCGUUGGACCUCUAGCUGCGAUCGCUUUUUUGAGAGCCAUGAGAGCGAGGAAAUGAAGACAGUAGCGAAAAGUAAGAACACUUUAUGGAAAUGUUCUGAAGCAGAGUCGAGUUUUAUAAGAUACUGAUGGCAUAAAAUGUUUUGGUGUCGGAGGACUAACUUUUGUGUACAAUGGAGACAUAGGUAUUCAGCUAUUCGUUUUUACGACCAGUGGCAGUUGGAGUACCUACUUCAUACAAUUUGGUCGGUUUUGUACGUUCAAAACUUCGAACCCAUGUGUGAACGUACCUAUGAUGUCCUUCGUACAGAUCACCAAAUUAAUUUCGUAGCUUGCAU